AUGGUUGAUAGCGAGACGAAUUCACCCACGUGGAAGUUCACGCAGUGUUUUGGUGACAAGGGCGAUGUUGAGGACAUCACCGAAGCUGAUAUCAUCUCGACGGUUGAGUUCGACCAUACCGGAAACUAUCUCGCUACUGGCGACAAGGGAGGUAGAGUAGUGCUCUUCGAACGCAAUGAGACGAAAAAAACCUGCGAGUACAAGUUUCACACCGAGUUUCAGUCGCAUGAGCCCGAAUUCGACUAUUUGAAGUCCCUCGAGAUCGAGGAAAAGAUCAACAAGAUAAAGUGGUGCAGGCGACAAAACGCUUCACACUAUCUGUUGUCUACCAAUGACAAGACAAUCAAGCUAUGGAAGGUGUUUGAGAAGUCGCUCAAGGUUGUGGCGGAGAACAAUCUCUCUCACGAUGUAACUCCUGGGAGCAUUGCAGGUGGUGGCGGCGCUCCCAAGCCUUUACCGUCUCAUCAGUUUAAGAACGCCGCCGACCUAAAGCUGCCUCGGCUCACACAUCAUGACACAGUGGUUGCCGCCGUGCCACGCCGGACAUACGCCAACGCACAUGCCUAUCAUAUCAACAGCAUCUCGGUGAACAGUGACGGAGAGACCUUCAUCAGCAGCGAUGAUUUGCGGAUCAACCUCUGGAACCUCAAUAUUCAGGACCAAAGCUUCAACAUUGUCGACAUCAAGCCUGCCAAUAUGGAGGAACUUACUGAAGUGAUCACAGCAGCCGAAUUCCACCCCAUGAGCUGCAACUGGUUCAUGUAUGCCAGCUCUAAGGGUACCAUCAAGCUUGCUGACAUGCGAGAGAGUGCUCUAUGCGACCAGCACGCGAAACUAUUCGAGCAGGAAGAAGACCCCUCGUCGCGAUCCUUCUUUUCCGAAAUCAUCUCCUCUAUCUCCGACGUCCGGUUCUCACAUGACGGCCGAUACAUCUUAUCUCGCGAUUACCUAACUGUAAAGAUUUGGGAUAUCAACAUGGAGCGACAGCCUGUAAAGACGAUACCGAUCCACGAGCAUCUCCGGCCACGAUUGUGUGACACAUACGAGAACGAUAGUAUAUUCGACAAGUUUGAAGUUGUCUUCUCUGGUGAUGCGAAGAACGUUAUGACAGGCAGUUAUAACAACAAUUUCAUGAUCUAUCCUUCAGACCCUGACAAGGAGGUCGAGGUGGUCCUUCAGGCGGACAAGUCGGCUUUCAAGGCGAAGAAGGUUGGUGUGCCCACACCAAUCAACGCUUCGACAAGCCCAACAGCCACCAAUGGCAAGAAGGGUGGAUCUAGGGCUGGUAGUCCAGGCGGUCAGGGCCAGCGAAUGCGUAAGGAGACAGACGCGGACCAGAUCGAUUUCAACAAGAAGAUCCUGCAUAUGAGUUGGCAUCCCUUCGAGGACAGUAUUGCGAUUGCAGCUACGAACAAUCUCUUUGUCUUCUCGGCACUCUAG